GGAUUUGGCAUCGAUGCUGCAUUUCAACUAGAGAAUGCAUGAAAAAGACAAAAAAAAAUGGACAGAUCCUCUGGUGGGUUCUUGUGAAGGUUUUACAAAUCGGACGCCACAAACUUGAUUGCUUCACAUGUUAUUCCAGUUUUAUCCCCCAGAGAAGAAUUUAAUUACAAAACGCUACCACAGGACUAGAGGUGCACACAACCCCUUUGUUUCUAUUAUUUAUAUCUUGGAAAGUGAAAUUAAAAUGUUGAUUGUUUCCAAAAAGAAAUCUGCAAUCAAAUUGCUACAGGACAGGAGUCGAGCUAACUGUUGUGGGAUCCGGUUGGAAUGGAAGAGAAUCAAAUGUCGCUGAUAUGUGGGCUUCCAGAUGACAUAGCUCUUUCUUGCUUGGCGAGAGUGCCCCGGAAGUACCAUGCGGUAUUAAAGUGUGUUUCCAAGAGAUGGAGAGAAUUCGUGUGCAGUGAUGAGCUCUAUGAUUAUCGUAGAAUGCAUAGUUUAAGUGAGACUUGGAUAUAUGCUUUAUGUUGUGACAAGUAUGGGAAGAUAUGGUUUUAUGUAGCGGACCCUAAUGAAUCACAGAGGCGUUGGAAGUGUGUUCCAGGUCUUCCAGCUCGUGCUUUGAAUAAAAUGGGUAUGGGAUUUGAAGUUCUAGGAAAAAAGGUUUACUUGUUGGGUGGUGGUGGUUGGUUGGAAGCUACUAAUGAAGCCUUCUGCUAUGAUGUUUCAAGGAAUUCAUGGACUCAAGUUGCUUCCUUGUCGACUGCUAGGUACGAUUCUGCUUGUCAAGUUUAUGAUGGGAAAAUAUAUGCCAUUGGUGGGUUAGCAUCAACAAGCAAUGAUCCAUAUUCUUGGGACAUUUUUGAUCCCCGUACAAAUAGCUGGGAAUUUCAUUCCAAUGACUGCGCUGUUCCUGAAGUUGAAGAUUGCGUAGUCUUGGAUGGGAAGAUUUAUAUCCGCUGUCAAGCUUCUGCUUCUACCAUGUCUUCUCCUUUCUAUGCAGUCGUUUACGAACCUUCAAGUGGCAUGUGGCAGCGUGCAGAUGCUGAUAUGGUGUCAGGCUGGCAAGGUCCAGCGGUUGUUGUGGAUGGCACACUUUAUGUGUUGGAUCAGAGUUCAGGGACCAAGCUGAUGAUGUGGCAGAAGGAUAAAAGGGAAUGGGUGGCAGUCAAGAGGCUGUCAACACUGCUUACAAAACCACCUUGCCAACUGGCAGCGAUUGGGAAGAAGUUAUUUAUCGUAGGAAGGGGACUCAGCACGGUUGUGUUGGAUACCAGCCAAACUGGAAGUGUGGAGGGAGCUAUGGUUGGUACAUCCAUACCUGGACUAAUCACUGCUGAUAAAGUGCUCAAUUGUAAAUGUCAAACACUUUGAAUUCGUGGCACUUGAUGUCAUUUAUUGCUGUUGUGCGAUCAUGUGAUUACGAUGACCUUGCAGCAAUGUUAUGGAUUCGACAUUAUGGGACUUUUAAA